AAAGAAGAAUAUAUUGCGACAUUCAAGGGAUCAGAAUACUUCUGCUAUGAUUUAUCUCAGAAUCCCAUACAGAGUAGCAGUGAUGAAAUAACUCUGUCGUUUAAAACACUUCAGAGGAAUGGACUGAUGCUUCACACAGGAAAAUCGGCUGAUUAUGUCAAUCUUGCACUGAAAAAUGGAGCUGUCUCCUUGGUCAUUAAUUUGGGCUCAGGGGCCUUUGAAGCACUGGUGGAACCUGUGAAUGGGAAAUUUAAUGACAAUGCCUGGCAUGAUGUGAAAGUAACCAGGAAUCUGCGUCAGGUGACAAUAUCAGUGGAUGGAAUUCUGACCACAACGGGAUACACGCAAGAAGACUACACCAUGCUGGGCUCUGAUGACUUUUUCUAUGUUGGAGGCAGUCCUAGCACAGCAGACCUCCCAGGGUCACCAGUCAGUAACAACUUUAUGGGCUGUCUCAAAGAGGUUGUUUAUAAAAAUAACGAUGUCAGGUUGGAGUUAUCUCGACUUGCCAAGCAAGGAGAUCCUAAAAUGAAGAUUCAUGGGGUUGUAGCAUUUAAAUGUGAGAAUGUUGCAACCUUAGAUCCAAUCACAUUUGAAACACCAGAGUCCUUCAUCUCUUUGCCAAAGUGGAAUGCCAAGAAAACAGGCUCGAUAUCAUUUGACUUUCGUACAACUGAGCCAAAUGGCUUGAUUCUUUUCAGUCAUGGAAAACCAAGGCAUCAAAAAGACGCCAAACACCCACAGAUGGUGAAAGUUGACUUUUUUGCCAUUGAGAUGCUUGAUGGCCACCUCUACCUGCUGUUAGACAUGGGAUCAGGUACUAUAAAAAUAAAAGCCUUGCAGAAGAAGGUAAACGAUGGUGAAUGGUACCAUGUGGAUUUUCAACGGGAUGGACGGUCAGGGACCAUAUCUGUGAACACAUUACGUACACCAUAUACUGCACCAGGGGAAAGUGAAAUCCUUGACUUGGAUGAUGACUUGUAUCUUGGAGGCUUACCAGAAAAUAAAGCAGGCCUCGUCUUCCCAACAGAGGUGUGGACAGCACUUCUCAAUUAUGGAUACGUCGGCUGCAUUAGAGAUUUAUUUAUUGAUGGUCAAAGCAAAGAUAUUCGACAGAUGGCUGAAAUUCAAAGUACAGCUGGAGUAAAACCCUCAUGCUCAAGAGAAACUGCAAAACCUUGCCUUAGCAACCCCUGUAAAAACAAUGGUGUGUGCAGGGAUGGGUGGAACAGAUAUGUUUGUGAUUGCUCUGGUACAGGGUACCUUGGCAGAUCGUGCGAAAGAGAGGCAACAAUUUUAAGCUAUGAUGGAAGUAUGUUUAUGAAAAUACAGCUCCCUGUUGUGAUGCAUACAGAGGCCGAAGAUGUUUCUUUACGGUUCAGGUCUCAGCGAGCUUACGGCAUUUUAAUGGCAACUACUUCUAGGGAAUCUGCAGAUACCCUUCGUUUAGAGUUGGAUGCAGGACGAGUUAAACUAACGGUCAACCUAGACUGUAUCAGGAUUAACUGUAAUUCCAGCAAAGGUCCAGAAACCCUUUUUGCUGGCUAUAACCUCAAUGAUAAUGAGUGGCACACAGUGCGUGUGGUUCGGCGAGGAAAAAGUUUAAAGUUAAUGGUGGAUGACCAGCAGGCCAUGACAGGUCAAAUGGCUGGUGAUCACACACGGCUGGAGUUCCACAACAUAGAAACAGGAAUAAUAACAGAACGGCGCUACCUGUCUUCUGUGCCUUCUAAUUUCAUUGGGCAUCUACAGAGUCUUACAUUUAAUGGCAUGGCAUACAUUGACUUAUGUAAAAACGGAGACAUCGAUUAUUGUGAGCUAAAUGCAAGAUUUGGGUUCAGGAACAUCAUAGCAGACCCUGUAACCUUUAAAACAAAAGCAAGUUAUGUUGCAUUGGCCACGCUACAAGCAUAUACAUCUAUGCACCUUUUUUUCCAGUUCAAAACAACCUCUCUGGAUGGAUUGAUACUUUAUAACAGUGGCGAUGGAAAUGAUUUCAUUGUGGUUGAAUUAGUAAAAGGGUAUUUACACUAUGUAUUUGACUUGGGAAAUGGUGCAAAUCUCAUCAAAGGAAGUUCUAAUAAACCUCUGAAUGACAACCAGUGGCAUAAUGUGAUGAUAUCGAGGGAUACCAACAAUCUGCACACUGUAAAGAUUGACACUAAAAUCACAACACAAAGCACAGCAGGAGCCAGAAAUUUAGAUCUCAAAAGUGAUUUGUAUAUUGGAGGAGUGGCCAAAGAAAUGUAUAAGUCCUUGCCAAAACUGGUGCAUGCAAAAGAGGGAUUCCAAGGCUGCCUUGCAUCAGUUGACUUGAAUGGACGGCUCCCUGAUCUUAUCUCAGAUGCUCUCUUCUGCAAUGGGCAAAUAGAAAGAGGAUGUGAAGGCCCCAGCACAACGUGCCAAGAGGAUUCAUGUGCGAACCAGGGAGUGUGCUUACAGCAGUGGGAUGGAUUCAGUUGUGACUGUAGUAUGACCUCCUUUAGUGGACCAUUAUGCAAUGACCCGGGAACAACGUAUAUCUUUAGCAAAGGUGGUGGACAGAUCACUUACACAUGGCCUCCUAAUGAUCGGCCAAGCACUCGUGCGGACAGACUGGCAAUAGGGUUUAGUACUGUUCAAAAAGAAGCUGUGUUGGUACGAGUGGACAGUUCUACUGGGCUCGGAGAUUAUUUAGAGCUGCAUAUCCACCAGGGAAAAAUUGGAGUUAAAUUUAAUGUUGGAACUGAUGACAUCUCUAUUGAAGAGAUCAACGCAAUCAUUAAUGAUGGAAAAUACCACGUAGUACGUUUCACAAGAAGUGGUGGCAAUGCCACAUUACAGGUGGACAACUGGCCAGUUAUCGAACGUUACCCAGCAGGAAACAAUGAUAACGAGCGCCUGGCGAUUGCUAGACAGCGAAUUCCAUAUCGACUUGGUCGAGUAGUUGAUGAAUGGCUACUCGACAAAGGGCGUCAGCUCACAAUCUUCAAUAGCCAAGCAACCAUAAAAAUUGGAGGCAAGGAACGUGGCCACCCUUUCCAAGGCCAGCUCUCUGGUCUUUACUACAAUGGCUUGAAAGUUCUGAAUAUGGCAGCAGAAAAUGAUGCCAACAUCGUGAUAGAAGGAAAUGUGAGACUUGUUGGUGAAGUGCCUUCCUCUAUGACAACUGAGUCCACAGCCACAGCGAUGCAGUCUGAGAUGUCCACGUCAGUCAUGGAAACAACCACCACUUUGGCCACGAGCACCGCUAGAAGAGGAAAGACCCCAACAAAAGAACCUAUUGGUCAGACCACAGAUGACAUCCUGGUGGCCUCAGCUGAAUGUCCGAGCGAUGACGAGGACAUUGAUCCCUGUGAGCCGAGCUCAGCAAAUCCUACCAGGGCAGGAGGAGGAAGGGAGUACCCUGGCUCGUCCGAGGUGAUUCGUGAAUCCAGCAGCACAACAGGCAUGGUAGUUGGGAUCGUGGCAGCAGCGGCGCUGUGUAUCCUCAUUCUCCUGUAUGCUAUGUACAAGUACAGGAAUCGAGACGAAGGAUCGUAUCACGUAGAUGAGAGUCGAAACUACAUCAGUAACUCAGCACAAUCCAAUGGGGCUGUGAUCAAGGAAAAACAGCCCAACAGCGCUAAAAGUUCCAACAAAAACAAGAAAAAUAAGGAUAAGGAGUACUAUGUCUGAUCUCAACAUCUAAAAGAACGCUUGUAUAGAAAUAGUCUUCAUUUUAUCUGAGACAUAAUACAAACUUAUUUACUUUACUUUUUAUGAAGCACAUUCAAAAACAAACAAACAAAAAAGACAGGGAAUGCAAUCAGAAAGGAAAGACUGUUUUUAAAAACAAGCAUUUCAUGCUCUUGUUUUUCAGAAACAGGAGCUGAUAAAUUCCCUAACAUCCACAGUGUUUUCAUUUACUCUGCCUGUCUUUAUGUUGCUGGAACAUUUCUGAAAGACAAUGAUGACACCACGCAUUCAUAAAGCAAGGAGUAUUACUACAACAUCAAGGCACAAUAUGAAACAAAACAAAUUAAAAAAACAAAACAGGAAAAAAAAAGAAAAAAGAAGCUACCUAUGAUUCUGGAUUUAGCCAAAGUGCUAGCGCUUUCUUGAGAAGUAAGUUAGUCUUAUUGUCAGAGAAGACUGUCAUUAUAUAUGGUGACUCAACAAGCAAACAUAAAGAGUUUGCCGUCUGGUGCAGUGAAGCAGUGAUUGGAAACUUGCAUUUGAAACAAAGUGCUGGCUUUUCUGAAGACUUACGUAGAAAUACUUUCAAAAAGCCCCUUUCUGGUUGUGAGGAAAAUAGUACGGAGGCCUUAUUUUCAAAAACAAAAACAAAAAUCUGGAAUAUAAGGCACAUUUCCACAAAAAAAAAAAAAAAGAAAAAAACAAACAAGAGGGCAUAGAUGCAAUCAUUGGGAAAUUUUCAUGCACGCUUAAUAUGUUAUUACAUAUGUUUAUAUAAAAACACAUCUAUAUGUGCUUUCUGGACUGUGAUAAGUGAUGUUUUAUAGCCUGUUGUAUAGAAAAUGCAAACUAUAUCUGCUCUUCAGCCAUUUUUGGUAAACUCAAUGUUAUAAGUGUUGCUAGGUAUAGAGAGUUUUAUGACAUCUGGAGCAACAGACAUACUUCAGUUUUUUUGCAGCCAUUAUAAAUUGUCCCAGACUUCUUCCCCUUUUUUUUUUUUUUUUUUUUUUUUUUAAUUUACAGUGUAGUGGUUAUACUAAGGGGGAUGUGUAUGAAUGUAUAUAAGAGUCAGCUAAUUUUUUUCUUACCUGUACAGCCUCUAUUCUGUUGCAAUUAAGUUUUAGUAGUUUGUAUGAAAGAAGUGGACUAGAAAGCAAAAAUAUAUCUCUACUGUAAUUUGUCUUCUCCCUCCUAUCCCCAUCUCUUGCUCCUGAUAUGCAUCAAUGAUGUUGAUCAGAAUGGCCAAUUUUCCUAGAAAUAUACAUUCAUUAAUUAGCUAAAUAUUUAGUGACUUAAACGGCCUUUGGCUUCCAGUCAAAGCUUCACUAUUGGAGAGCAUGGUUUGCCUUACAGAAACCUUGUUCUUAAGAAAUUACGAGAAUGAUGAGUUUCUUGAGAAUCUUAGGAAGUAUCAUAUAGUGUUUAUCUGGCAUUCAGUUAUAUGAACGACAGCUACUACAGCAUUGGGUGGUAAAAGAUCCCAAAAGACCCAUUUUAAUUAUCCAGGCUGAUUCUACUGCAUAAUUUACCCCUUUCUCCAAAAAGGAAAUAAUCUUGAGGUGCACAAUAGUAUUUUUCAAUGGGCAUUUUGACAUAUGAAAAAGUAUUUUUAGCUAAGUUGAUUGUGUAGUAUUGCAAGACAUCACAACCAGACAAAUAUAAGUUCAUCAUGUUUUAAAGUAACACAUAGCUUUUCUUGCAUAUAUAAAACAUUAAUGCAGUUUAGUUAAGCGUAUUAAAUUUAAUGCUGUAAUUUAUAUGUUGAGGGUUUUUUUCUAGUAUUAUUUCAUUAGGUUCACAGCAAUAAAUCAUAGCAUAACAUUUUAUUUACAUGGAAGUUCAAAGGGAAUACAUUAGACAGAAAGAGGGUAGUUCAACAGAAAUCAACCAAAUCAUUGGAAGGCCUCCUGGGAUGGAUAUAGAUGUUCACACUUUACAGACAGGAAGGAGGAAUUUAAAAUUAGCUUUAAACAGCAGGCACAAAACAUUUUGUUGUGUGUUAUUCACUGUAGCUGAUGAAAAAGGCUGGAAACUGGUACAGCUAUCUAUCUGGGAGUCAGAGCACUUUGAAAAUACAUGUAGCUGACAUGAAGACACCUCUUUUGAAGGUUGCCAACCACAUCGAGGUGUGUCAUGUUGCAUUUGUAAAACAAUUUUUUAUUUUCAUUAGCAUUUACACAAAAAUGAGAACAGGUUCACAAAAUCCAUCUGAUAUUCCUUUCUUAAGAUUGUUGUUCACCUGUGGCAUUCAUAAUUUCUCCCACCUUUACAAGACAGCUGUACUCAGGGAACGGUAGGGUCAGGUAUACUGGAGGUCAUUGCUGGAAGCAAAAGACUUCAGCUGGAGGGGGGAAAGAAGAAGUUGAAAGCCAGGUGGUGUUCAGAUUUCAGUGCUUGAAGAUACGUAGAAGAACAAGAAUAAUCUGAUGACAGGAGACUGGACAUGACGGAAUAUGGUUUGGGCAAGAUGAAAUGGUCUUUUCUGCUUGCUAUUGAUUGCAUUAAUGAAAUAGCAUGGUCAGGUCAACUUCCAGGCAGUUUGGUAGAUUAAUCUUUAACUAAAUCCAUACAUCAAGGAAAAAAAGAUCUGCUACUACUAUAACAAACAAACACAAUUUUAACACUGUUUCUGAAGGUUCUCCUUUUUCCUCUUUAAUUUCAUAAUUUAACAAAAAACAAAUAUGGAUGUAUCAGAAGUGCCAGCAAGUGGAUUUAAAAUUCUUUUUUGUUUAAAAACAGCAGCAACAACAAACAAACAAACAGACAUAAACCAACUACCUAACAUAAAAUUGGAUCCUUUCUCUAUAAUAACCUAAUUUGUUUGACUGAGAUGGCUUCAUUUCUAUGACUGUAUUGUGUUGCCUUUUUUUAACAAACACUAAAUAACAUGUGAAACUUUCAACCCUAAGACAUCGAAGAGAGGCCCAAUGCCCCUAACCUUAUAGUGCUUUCUGUGAUAGAUAUUUACGAUUUUUUUAUUUGUUGCAAGGCCAAUUUAUUCAUUAUUGGAAAUGCUAAGCAAGUGGAAUUUACUGUUUUGUUAAUAAAAAUGUUUCUUAAUACAAA